AUGAAGCGAUUGAUAGCAGAGAAAGCCUGGUAUGAAGAGUUUGACUCCAAACGUGUGAUAGUAAGAGAAGGCCACGUACCUAUGGGGUUCUAUUUUAUUUUAUCUGGGUCAGCUCUGGUUUCCGGUAUGGAUGAAGACAAACAACUAGCACAGACUAUAUUGGUACUUAAACGAGGAGAUAGUUUUGGUGAACUGGCUAUGGUAAAUAGAGCUAGACGACAAGCUUCUGUAAUUUCUAAAGAACCAGUUGAGCUAUUAGUUCUAUCAAACUAUGAUUUUCGAGAGAUUUUUAUGGCUGGUGGAAUGAAAGAUCCAAACGAACAAUUUCUACGAAAAAUCCCUUGUUUUAAAGGUUGGCCAAUAGAACGGUUAGGGGACACUGAAGGUUCUAAAAAUGUCAUGUUCAGCUAUUUUAAGCGAGGAACUGUAUUAGUUAAAGAUAGUUUAAAGAAUGAUUGGGUUUUUAUAAUAAAAUCUAUGGUUGGUAUUGAAUGCCAACUUCAUUACUUCCAUAUUAAACAUCAGAUCAAAAUAUAUACUCAAAUUGGAAUGAAGGAUGACUUAGAAAUAGAGACUAAGACUGGAAUCAGUCACGAAGAGAAAAUCAGAGUAGCUUAUGAUGAUAAAAACAUCCAGCUUCAUCAACAACAACAUCAUAAACAACAACAACGGGUUGAUUUGAAACCAUUAACCGAGGGAAAACAAGAUGACGAGAGGUUUGUUGAGCAAUCAAAUAGAGUUGAAGAAGGAAAUGAUAGAGUUUUACAAAUAUCACAAGGUUCAUCCAGAAAAUCACACGACUCUAAGAUCAGAAUAGAAGCUAGUGGUCGCUUAUCGAAUAUUGGAAACCUCUUACAAAAGAGACCAUAUCUUAGUUCUAACUCAUCUCACCCUAGUGCUAUAGAAAUACAUGGAUCAGAUAGUAGAAAUGGAGACCACCUUCAACCUAUAGAUAUAAAAAAAGGAACACCUGAAUUAUCUCAUCUUUCUAACCCCUCACCAAUUAAGAGAGUGAUAACACCACCAGACAUUCCAAUAUUUGUCAAUAUACAAAACCUAAAUAGAGGUGACGUCUUCGGUAUAAGUGAUUUAUUUUUUGAAGAUCAGCCAAGAUUAAUAUUAGUAAGUCGAGGUGUUGAAUGUAUCAUGGUUCACAAAAAGUUCUACAAACAACACGCAUCACAUGGUUUUCUUACUAAACUACGAGAAAUGAUGUUCCCGUAUCCCUCCGAAGAAGACCUUCAAUACAACCUCGAACAGAGAUUUUGCUGGAAUGAAUUAAAGAAAGAUGAAGUGUAUGACGUAAUAAGUGGAGUUCAUGUUCGCAAGAAUUUGAAAGAACAAUCCCGAUUUCCAUUACCAAAAGUACAAACAUAUUAA